AUGGCUCCUAAACAAAGAAUGAGGAUUGCUAACGAAAAGGCCAGUAAAAAUAUCACUCAACGAGGGAAUGUUCCUAAAUCAACAGUAAGGAAACACAAACAUUAUGCUAAAAAAUAUUUGUAUUUUUGUACCCAACUAAUUUUCCAAAUCAUGUUUUAGAAAUCCGAAAAAAAUAAGACACCUGUUAGCCCUUGGCUACUGGCAUUAUUUUUGUUUGUUGUUUGUGGUUCAGGUAUGUAUUAUGUUUGCCUAAUAUCAACUAUUUUUAUUUUUAGUUUUUUGCUUGAAUAAUGUUUACUAAGAAAUUAUUCUCAAGCAUUUUAUAACACUAAAAUGUAAUACAAUUCAUUAUAUAUUUAAAUUGUUCAAAAUUAUAAUUAUUUUGAAACUAUUAAACUAGGUAAUUGAAACUAAUUAGGAAUAAGGAAUUGUAUUACAUUUUAGUGUUGUAAAAUGCUUGAGAAUAAUUGUUUAGUAAACAUUAUUCAAGCAAGAAUAUUAAGAUGUGUUUCUUAUGUAUAUAUUUAUAUAAAAAUGUAAAAAUUGCAAUAUGUAAAAAUAUUAUUUUAAUGUAAUUUUUAUGUGAUUAUACUAUAUAGGCAGAUGAUUAUAAUUUAUUGAUAUUAAUAUUAUUUUCAUAAUAUGCCGAUAAACUGUGCUUUAUAAAAUAAUAAUAAUAGUAACAUACAUUUAUUAGAAAACAGUUAUCUCCUGGUGAAUGUGGAACAGGAUGUGGAUGUUACCACCUAUCUACAUUAUAACAAUGUACACCAGGGGGUAGCUAAAUACUUUCGUAGGGAUCUACUAAAAAUAUAUUUUUUCUUUUGAGGAUUAACUUCCUAACAAAAAUGCAUAAUUAUAAAUUACAUAAUAGGUAUUAAAAAUACACAUUCAUGUACAAAAUAAUAAAACUAAAAUAUGUAUAGUUAAAUAACGUUAUUCAUCACACUAUUAUUAAGACUAUUAAGGCUAAUAUAAUAUUAUUGCAAAUAUAAUUGCUAGGAUAAAAUCUGUUGAAUUGUGUAACUUGAUAAGUUUACAACAAAAUAAAAAUAAUGUACUAAAUUAGAAAUGAUCAGUAAUUGCUAUUUAUCUACUAAUCACAUACAAAUAAAUUCUAGCAAAAUGGAGAUCCACAUUUAAAUCAUCUGUGAUUUUUGGGUCGAUCGUGAUUGACCAUUUGGCCAUCCGUGAUGUACACCAUUGUCAGCCAAAAAAAUCCUAUAGUUUGGCUUAUUUGUUUAUUAUAAAACCAAUGGUAUUAUUAUGAAUACUAAUACUUUAUAUUAUAUAUCAAAUUAUUAUUGAUAUUGUUAAUUUUUUAAAAGAAUUUUUAUGCUUAAACACAUUUUUUUAUUUUAGGUUGAGAAUUUUCUCAAAGCAAUUUUAAAAAAUAAAUUAUUUUGUUGAUUAUUCAGAUUAAAUUUUAACUAAGAUUACUGAUCUCAUUAAAUUUGUAUUUAUUUAAUAUUAUUAAAGUGAGUUAAACAACCCUAUUUACAUAAUGUUUAUGAGAAAGAAAAAAAUAUUAUAGUUUAUAGUGAUACAAAUAGUAUAGAUUUGACAAUGCACAAUGUGUAAAAAACCAUACAAAAGAUAGAACAAGUUAAAAAUUUAACUUCUCAAGAAUAAUACAUUUUUGUUCAAUGAAAGGAUUAAUCUUAGUGUAAAAGUGUAGGAUCUAACAUCAAUUAUUACCUAUAGAACAAAGAAUAUUAUUUAAAUUUUGUUCAAAGCUAGAUAACAAAUGAAUAGAGAAGGAGUAUACAUUAUAUUUAUUUUCUAAUUUGCAUAAUGCAGUAAAUCAGACAAUUUAUCACCUAAUUAGUUCAUUAAUUGAGAACAUAGAAUGUAAUAUUAUAUCUGAUGAUACAUUUGGAGUUAAUAAGGACAAAUGACUGAGGAACUCGGGACAAUCAAUAUUAUUAUUAAAAACGUUAUAUAAAAAGUAUAAAACAAGUUUUAUUCUAUGUAAUUCAAGUGAGUUAAGAAAAAGGAUAUUCAUAAUAGGAGUGUAAGGUUUUCUCAGGAACACUGGUAUAUUGCAACUGUAAUAAAGAAAACCUACAAUUUUAUUUUGAACAACUUCCAAAGACAUUUUAUGUUUGAGAAGGUGUAGAAGUCAUAUAGUAGACCAUUAAUCAAGAAUAGAUAUAAUGAAAUAUAUAUAUAUAUAUAUAAUUAUAUAAGACGUAAUACUUGUACAUUAUUAAAAUAUCCAUAUGAAAACCACGCUUAUUUAGGAUUUAUUUUUUUGUUUGUCUAGUUACUACUAUUUACAAAAAAAAUAAUAUAGUGUGAUCUUAUAAAAUAUUUGUUUCAUUUAUUGCGAGUAAUUAAAAAUUAUGUAUCUGUAAUACAUUUUUUUUUUCAGUGAUAUUUCAACUAAUACAAAGCAUAAGAAGUGCAUGA